ACGACCCGAGGUUAUAAAGAGGGGUCCGCGCUGCCUGCCGGGAGGCGCGAAGAUGGCGGCCGUGCGUGGCUUCGGUGCAGCGCGCUCCACGCUCAGGAAACUCGCGAAUCCAGCAGUGGGACGGUCAGUAAGUGUCACCAGCACCAGAAACUUCAACUUUACUGUCUACGGCAAGAGAGAUGCCACGGCCAAAGCCUCUGAUGCGAUCUCUCGCGAGUACCCCGUGGUCGACCACGAGUUCGACGCGGUGGUGGUCGGUGCCGGUGGCGCGGGGCUGCGUGCCGCCUUUGGCCUCUCGGAGGCCGGCUUCAACACGGCGUGCAUCAGCAAGCUGUUCCCCACGCGUUCCCAUACCGUCGCCGCACAGGGCGGCAUAAACGCUGCGCUGGGCAACAUGGAAGAGGACGAUUGGCGCUGGCAUUUCUACGACACGGUGAAGGGCUCCGACUGGCUGGGAGACCAGGACGCCAUUGCUUACAUGACGGAGCAGGCACCCAAGGCUGUCAUUGAGCUGGAGAACUAUGGAAUGCCGUUCAGCCGCACGGACGACGGCAGAAUCUACCAGCGUGCCUUCGGAGGGCAGAGCCUGAAGUUUGGAAAGGGAGGCCAGGCCCAUCGGUGCUGCUGUGUGGCUGACCGCACCGGCCAUUCCCUCCUGCACACCCUGUAUGGACGGUCCCUGCGAUAUGACACCAGCUACUUCGUGGAGUACUUUGUGCUGGACCUGCUGAUGGAGAACGGCGAGUGCCGGGGAGUGAUCGCCCUGUGCCUGGAGGACGGCUCUAUCCACCGAAUCCGAGCGAACCACACAGUGCUGGCCACCGGUGGCUACGGUCGAGCCUUCUUCAGCUGCACAUCUGCACACACCAGCACGGGGGACGGCAUGGCCCUGGUCACACGAGCAGGGCUGCCGAACCAGGACCUCGAGUUCGUGCAGUUCCAUCCCACAGGAAUCUACGGCGCGGGCUGCCUCAUCACAGAGGGCUGCCGCGGCGAGGGUGGAAUCCUGAUCAACAGCGAUGGCGAGCGAUUCAUGGAGCGCUACGCCCCCAACGCCAAGGACCUGGCCUCCCGUGAUGUUGUCUCGCGCUCCAUGACCAUCGAGAUCCGCGAAGGGAGGGGCUGUGGCCCAGAGAAGGACCACGUGCACCUGCAGCUGCACCACCUGCCCCCGCAGCAGCUGGCCAUGCGGCUGCCCGGCAUCUCGGAGACGGCCAUGAUCUUCGCUGGCGUGGACGUCACUAAAGACCCCAUCCCCGUGCUGCCCACCGUGCACUACAACAUGGGUGGCAUCCCCACCAAUUACAAGGGCCAGGUGCUCACGCGCAAGGACGGCCAGGACAGCGUGGUGCAGGGCCUCUACGCAUGCGGCGAGGCCGCCAGUGCCUCCGUGCAUGGCGCCAACCGCCUGGGCGCCAACUCCCUGCUGGAUCUCGUCAUCUUCGGCCGCGCCUGCGCGCUCACCAUUGCCGAGCUCGCCAAGCCCGGUGAAGCGCUGGCCCCUAUCAGCCAGAGCGCCGGAGAGUCGUCCGUGGCUAACCUGGACAAACUGCGUUACGCCGACGGGUCCGUACGCACCUCCGAGCUGCGCAUCAACAUGCAGAAGACAAUGCAAACCCACGCAGCCGUGUUCCGCACGGGCCCUGUCCUGGAGGAGGGCUGUAGGCAGCUGAGCAGCCUCUACCAGCACGUGCACGACCUCAAGACCUUCGAUAGAGGCAUCGUGUGGAACACGGAUCUGGUGGAGACCCUGGAGCUGCAGAACCUGCUGCUGUGUGCCAUGCAGACCAUCCACGGCGCGGCAGCGCGCAAGGAGAGCCGCGGGGCACACGCCCGCGAGGAUUACAACGUGCGGAUGGAUGAGUACGACUUCUCGAAGCCGUUGGAAGGUCAGGUGAAAAAACCAAUUGAGGAACACUGGCGCAAGCACACGCUCUCCUGGGCAGAACCUGAGACGGGCAAGGUGACAUUGGAUUACAGACCAGUGAUUGACAACACAUUGGAUGAAGAACAUUGUGCAGCCAUCCCUCCAGCCAUCAGAUCGUACUAAAAUAUGCCCCACAUGCCACCUAAAUUGUGACCUAAAAAAAAUGACAUUCAUCCCGAACAUUAAUUUGCACCGGUGAGUACAAAUCGAGAUAGCUGUCGCAAAAACGAACGUUCAGAGACUGCUGGCAAAUGUUCCGCUAUACCAACACUUUUAAUGGCCCUUUCCUGUUACGUUUGACACUUUGUCAAAAUGUAGCGCGUGCACACCACGUCUCAUUUUGUUUAAUUGUUAAAUUGGACGAGAGAGUCAUCUGUGUUUUUUUACAUGGAUUUUCUUUUUGCACAACCGCACAAUGCUACAUCCUUUCAAUCUCAAUGCGGGUAGCUUCACCGACAUACCUCGAACAUUUACAUUUGCAUAAAACCUUUCCAGACGUUCUAACUCAUGCACUGGUAGGCAAUGUUUACUGUUUUCUUUAAAGCUGAGCUCAGAAUGUUAAAGUAAUGUGCAAAUGUGUUGAUGUGUUGUGGGAUGUAAAAGCUAGCAACAGCUUUUGAGGUUGUGUCAUCUGCAAAAUGCCUUUUGAGUUGAUGCCACUCAUCUCUGUACUCUUCGAUUGGUUCAUCAUUUAAUGUAUUCAUUGUGUACAACUUUAUUAGUGAGAUCAUUGUGUGCAUUUUAAGACUGUCCAAUAUCCAGGAGUGUAAGUUGUUGGACAGUCGGUUUAGAAUCUUCAAUGACAGAAACUCGAUUAGAAAUUGGCCUACAGUUCAAAUAAUGAUUGUAACGUCUCACAAUCUGUUCGCAUUUCUGGUAUUGUAGUCUUCUAAUUUGCACUUUAUCAUGGUGAUUUCGUUAAUGAUCACAUGUUCAUGGUAUCGCAAUCUACCACCAUGCCUCAUACAACUUUGGAAAAUUACAUCAACUCACAUAAAUACUUUGGCAAGCUUCUUAUGUUUGGUAUACAUAAAUACCAAAUUAGUAUUUUAAAACUCAUGGGAAAGCUUCAAAAGUGUUGAUGUUAUUCGAAAUAAGAUGCAUUGAACUGUAUGAACUACCGGAAAUAACUUAGAUUGCAUGUUUGGUAGCAGUCCUAUAGACUUAUGACCUCAAUAUUUAAAACAGUGAUUCAUACAAAUAUACUUGAUGUGCUUCGUUAUGAAAACUACAUUAAAUUAUGCUCAGUAAGCAGACCGCACAAGUUUAACACAGAUACAUGUGCAGAUUUGUGGCCACUUGUAUUUGCAGUGGGGUUCUAAAUUGAAAGUCAAUUCCUUCACAGUUACAUCUUGCUCUACAUUUAAUUGUGGCUGGCUGUGUAUUGGCACGUGUGUAUCCAUACACUAUACCUUUUCAUUGGUUUGCAAACUGUAAAUAAAUUGACACAAUUGUUCCCUU